UUUUUGCACAAAAUAUUUAUUUUUAAAAUUAAAUAAAUCUAAGAAUGUUUCUGGAUAUUUUUAGCUUUUUAUGAUUAUAAGUCAUAUUAAGUUUGCAUGUUUGUAAAUAAGAUUUUCCAUCCAAAAGGUUCCAUCUCAAAGUUCCGAGAAUUUGGGAUUGGCGCUUAUAAGAUUCGAAUUAAUGAAUUUUUACCCAGUUCUAUCCUGGAUCCCAAACGUAGACCUGACAAAAAUGAAAUUCUUAGUGUAUAUGGUAACCCUGUUUGGAUUAUCUAUGGGGACAACUAAAAGUUUUGGAUCAUGUCCUCCAGUAAGAGGAGUUGAAAACUUUGAGGUCCAGAGAUAUUUAGGAGUCUGGUAUGAAUAUUCAAGUGUAUUUGAACUAUUUUCAAUUGGGGCAAGAUGUGUUCGAGCAACCUAUUCGGAUCUAGGAAAUAAUACUUUAAGAGUGUUUAACGAACAAGUCAAUUACUAUACUGGUAAUUAUGGAAACUUAGAGGGCUAUGCAAAACCUGCCAAUGAAACCAGUGAUAUUGCAGAAUUCAUUGUUAUAUUCCCAGAUAUACCAGGUGGAGGAAGAAAAACUGCCCCUAACUAUAAUGUUGUGAAGACUGAUUAUGAAAGCUACGCUGUAGUUUACAACUGCAAUCAGUAUCCACUUAUAAAAACAGAAUCUCUGUGGUUGCUGACAAGAGAACAGAAUCCAUCGCAGGAGUUAGUUGAGCAGCUUUACAGUGAGAUGAGAGAAAUGGGACUUCCAGUUGAUUCUUUUUACAAGACAGAGCAGUCUAACUGUACACAACUACCCGAGCCAGGAACCGUACAGUACAAGUUCUCCCCAGAGAGCCUGGGUUAAUAUGUACAUGUGCACAUGCUGAACGGUAUUUAAAAGUGUGCAUUGCACAUAUCAAAGCACAAUGUAUCACUGUACAGAAUAAUAUCUAGUGUAUAUAUUCUGAUGAAACAUCUACUCUGUGUACAGAAUGUACAUAAACUGUAUUAAAAAUGUGAUUAUAAUACAUCUAUGACUACACAGUAAUUUAAACUAUAUAAAUUGUAAUGCACAAAAAAAUUAUAAGCAGCGUUUACAUUGUACACCUGUAAUGAACAUUGUGUACCCCCAUGUAAAGUACAAUGAACAUUAUAAUAAAACCUGUAAGGGAUAUUGUUCAUUGUCACAAAUGUAAUGUAAUGUCUUAGAUCAUAGAUGUGUUUUUAUUUGCAUUGCAUAUCAAAUAAACAAUACAUUUUUUUUCA